AUGGCCCCCUUUGGCCCCAUGAAGCUUUGCCACGGUUGCCGACCAUCUUCCACUGCCUAUUGGAGCGAUUCCGCUGCCCUCAGCCUGCGCAACAUCACAUCCCGCAGCCAACCAUCUUCCACUGCCAAUUGGAGCGAUUCCGCCGCUCUCAGCCUCCGCAGCACCACGUCCCGCAGCAACUACAGUUCCACCAUUAGCGACUUCUUCAACGACAAGGAGUUGUGUAAGAGCAUCAACCCCGACGAGGUUGUGGCCUACAAUGCCGCCGUCCAGGCCGCCAUCCUCAGCGGCGAGGGCAACGAGAAGGUGCAGGACCUGCUCUUGCUCGACGUCACGCCCCUGUCCCUCGGCCUGGAGACUGUCGGCGGUGUGAUGACGGUGCUCAUCCCGUGGAACACCACCAUCCCGACCAAGAAGGAGCAGAUCUUCUCCACUUAG